GAUGCUAUGCCUAUUUGCAAUGACUUUUAUUUAAAAUUUAAACCCACAACGAAUGAGUGUGUCUAAUUCAUGGGUGAAAAAUACACAACGGCAUGUGUGAAUAUUCUGGAAAAACACUCGCAAUCGUUUUUUUUUUUGCUUUCUGCUUCCUGCCAAAUGCGCUGCUAUAGCCAUAACCUCACCACAAAUGCACACAAAACAAUCGAGCUGUCAAACGCUUGGGAAGAGAGCAACACCCAAGCAAUACGGUGGGAAGGGGAAACAAUUCGCGGCCCUUCAUAACGCCUCACACGGCACCCUAGGGAGACUUCGUAGGGCGGUUCGGGAGCGAUGGUUAAUAGAAACAUAAAAGAAGAAUCAACAAUCAAAUUCCAGGAGCUGGCAUACGAGAAUGAAGGCAACAACAGUGCGCCAGAAGCAUGAACCAACGCCACUCAGCUGAAGCAUCCUCCUCGAAAGCAAAGCACAAUGGAAAAGACCGGCAGACGGAAAGCAUCCCCAGUAAAACCAUGAGCAACGAGCCGGGCACCGGCCGGGGGCCUAUCCCCAACAAACCGUCGGACACGUCCGAGCACGACGCCGUGAACGUCCGGUUCGUCGAGCGGCGGGAGCCGGAGCGAGCGUUCUGUCUUUCCUGCCGGUCCGAGUUUACCUUCUCGCUGCUGAACGACAUCAUCCAGCACUAUCUGGACCGGCGGCACGAACCGUGCUGCCGCUGCCUGUACUGCGACGGGCCGAUGUACCGGUACCGGGACGGGAAGGGUCAGGUACAGUACUAUCACGAUUGCCAACGGUGGAGACGCCACCUGGACCGUGCGCCCUGAGGUGUGGUUUUUUUUCGGAAGGAUAAAUUCGGUCGAAUGCCGCUGUUUUCUUCCUUUACUGCCGACGAAUAGUAAAAUCGGAAGUUUAAAACAAUUUAUACGUACCGUUUACAUCACUCAAAUGUCUCAACCACUCAACCCGGCCGUCUGCGUCGUGCAAGCAUUCCAAAUUAGGCGUCGGAGAUAACUAUUCCCUCAGUUUUAAAACGAUCCUAUGACUACCGCAAUGACGAGUGUGGUUGGCUGAGCCGGCGUAGGGAAAUAAUGUAAUCAGUUGCUUUAAAUUAUUUUUCUAUGUUUUGUACAGGAUGAACCUUAAGCUUUCUCAGCUAGUUCUGCAGUUGCGUGAGAGUUAGGCGUAAUUGUGAAGGAUUCAAUUCCACAUAUCAAUCGAUCUCUAUGAGAAGUGUAACAUAAUAAAUCGAACAUGGACGAAUAUCA